AUGGGGAAUGACACAUCAAAAGAAAAAUUAAUCAAAGACGGCAAUGAUAUUCCAAAAAAGAAACGAUAUUCAAUCCUACUUCGUUUAUCUGAGACUAAAGCGGAAGAGGAACACAUAGAACUCAAUGAACAAGAACUUCAACAAGUGCGAGAUAUCUACCGUCGUUCAUCUGAUAUGUCGAUUUAUUCUCCUUUUUGUUUUGUACGAUAA